GCCACCGCGGAUCGCCCCGCCCCCACCGAGUCCAUCAACCCGAAGAGAAGAAGACUCACGGCUAAAAAUACCUCAGCUAGCUCAAGAUGGCUGGUCUUCCCCGUAGGAUUAUAAAGGAGACUCAGCGCCUCAUGGCGGAGCCGGUGCAGGGCAUCAUGGCGAAGCCGGACGAGGGCAACGCACGCUACUUCCACGUGGUCAUCUCCGGCCCCCAGGACUCGCCCUUCGAAGGGGGCACCUUCAAGCUGGAGCUGUUCCUCCCGGAGGAGUACCCCAUGGCCGCGCCCAAGGUCCGCUUCAUGACCAAGAUCUACCACCCCAACGUCGACAAGCUGGGCAGGAUCUGUCUAGACAUUCUAAAAGAUAAGUGGUCCCCAGCCCUACAGAUCCGCACCGUGUUGCUAUCGAUCCAGGCGUUAUUAAGCGCGCCCAACCCAGACGACCCCCUGGCCAACGACGUGGCGGAGCAGUGGAAGUCCAACGAAGCCCAAGCCAUCGACACAGCCCGAGCCUGGACCAGACUUUACGCUGGCAAAAACAAUGAAGUAUAGAUGCUGUGGAGAAGAGGCGCCUGAAUGUGAUCUACAACACGAUGUACUCCUAUUCUGUCAAAGGUCUUAUCUUGCAUUUACAAUUUAAUGGACACACACAUACAAAAACAAAAAAAAGGACAAAAAAAACUGCAAUCCAACAUCUAUUUCAAAGACUUAUUUGACGAGAUUAUGUGCUGGCGGUUCUCUGGGUAAACCCUUUAUUCCCCCCCAUUCUGGAAGCACGUCCUCGUAUGUUCUGCUUCUGAUACUGUUAUAUCAAUGCAUGGGACAGCAGCCGGCUCCUCCUCCUCCUCCUCCUCCUCCUCUUCCUCAGCACGUGUUCAGACAACACACCGCCUCACAUCCCUCACUCAACACCAACACACAACUAACAUCUCCAUGGCACUGUCGUCAACCCGGUCGUGUGUGUGUGUGUGUGUGUGUCUGUGUGCGUCUGUGUGUGUGUCUGUGUGCGUGUGUGUGUUCAGUCAAGGGAAACGAGAGACUUGUUAUAUUUUAGCACAACUUAAGGACCGCCCUCUUCCUUCUCCAUACGGCGGUAGGUCUGGAGGAGGAAGGGAAACGCCCCCCCCCCCCCCCCCCCCUGCACUGAACGCCCCCCGGGCCGCGGACCCCCCCCCUCCCCCUGAAUACGCUCUUGAAGAGGGCUAGUUUUCAUGCAUGCGUGUCCCAGUAUUUAUUUGAGCUCUACCGCAGAACGCCGCGAGUCUCGGUGAAACGGCGCCUGCUAGCAUCGUGGCGCGGUGUGCGUUUAGUACGCGCAGAACUCCUCAGUCUUUUCACUGCACUAUGUUAACGUUAGUCAAGGGAAUUUAGUAUUUUGCCAAAAUGUCUGUGUGUUUAGAGGGUGCAUGUCAAUCCUCAAUGCCAAAUAUGUCCCGACCGCCCACCCUAAUCCACGCUGAGAGCCUUGGGGUGCAGGACUGGGCGAGUUCCCCAACUAUGACGCAGAUUCCGGUCGUAGAUUAAACAGGAGCUGGGAUUGGCUCGGACUGUGGGCUGAGAGGGUUUGAACUCUCCUAACAAGCGAAUGUAUUUAAUGAACGGCCCAAAACAGUCAGACUAUUCAGCAGACCCACGGUCUGCCAAGUGUACCAACAUUCGUCUUCUCAUGAAUCAACUGUCCCAUCUCGACAGGAAGGAUUGUGGUUACAAUACUGAUGAUAAACCAAAUUUUAAACGAUCAAAUGAUUACGGUGAGGAUGUGUGUUGGCUGUCGUUAGCCACCGUAGCUGUGGAGCUGCCUGGGGUCGCCCCCUCUGUCCCCCAGUGCCCCCCAGGGCAAUAAACACUCGCUGUCAUUAGGGCAAAUUCCUGUUUUCCCUGAAGCCUGAUUGGGCAGCUGGUGAGGGGGGCGGGGUUCGUGAAAGACUAAUAUAGCAUGUUUGUUCCAACACAUUUUUAAAUCGUUAAACGGGACGACGCAAAUUGACAUGUGGGCGAGGCGGGAUGUGGAUUCAGAUCGUGUCUUUGGUGGUCUGACCCGCUGUGAUGGUGGACCGCCAUGUUGUCUGUCUGCAUUACAAAGUGUUGGACUUCUUUCUUUUUCUGUUCUUUUUUUAGAGCGAGAAACAGCCGGGUGUAAAAGUUUGUGUUCCUGUUUUUACUUUCUUUUUUUUUUUUUAUGUUUUCCUUUGCUCUGUCGUCUCCUCUCUACUCUGUAACUGAACUGCGUACUAUAACCCUUAUCGAUAUCAUUCAAUGUUUAGAGAUGUCUUCAACGGAAGAAUGGUGAUGGAUAUAGGAGCCUAUGUUAUGUUUUACUAGCAACAUUUUCAUUUCAGCAGGUUUUUAUUAUUUAAUGUCUUUAAAGAAAUGCUGUUAGCAAAGGGUACUGCUUAUAAUGAUGAUGAUGAUGAUGUAUUCAUGCAAUCAUAGAUGGAAAACUACUUGUUUCAGAAAAGUAUGAUGGCUCCAAUACACAAAAUUAAAGAUAUUUCAGAUUCGUAUUUAUCGUACCCAAAAUGGAUUCUUGUGGAUUGAUUGUAUUCUCACUGUGGUGAUUUUAUAUAUUGAGGAACCCUUUUGUGCUGUUCCCAAUAAUAAGCUUAUGGGGGGAUUUCGGAACAAAUAUGCUAAUUUGUAAAUGUAUGCUUCAAAGUUGGCAUUAUUACUUCCAAUUAUUAUCAAAAAGCUUUACCAACGUGAAAAACUAUAAUUAAGAAUUCAUUGCUGAUUAAGAUAGAAAUACCAGUUUUUAUUAUUAAAGUAUUUAUUUAAUAUAAUCAUGGAACUCCGCAAUAUAAAUAAUGUGAUUUAAUCAUAAAAUAGCAGAAGCGAAUUAAAAGGCAGUCUGCAUUGAAUGGGAUCCCAUCCAUUUCCAUGUGUAGAGAACACCCUGAUCACGUCCGCACCCUAAAUCACUCUGUUGCCUUCACUACCGCCGAUGGGAGCUCUGAAUCCACUACAGAAGGUUAUUUCUGUUCUAAAUUGUUUAACAGAAGGUUAGUCUUCAGUGUGAUCAUAACUCACUCUUCUAACGGCUUUUAAACACAUUGUGCAAUUUAAAACAACGGACUGAUGCAGCUAGGCUUCGUAGUAAGAUAAAUAAGGUCAUUUAAUUAAACCUCCAUCAGACGGGUGAGGAAGACCUGAUGUCCGAUUUGAAGGUGGGGAUUGUCUGGUAUCGUCCACACGGCUCUUGACAACUUUUUUGUGGGAAUUUACAUCAGUACUGCUUCUCAAUGUUUCAUAUUGUGUUUGUUUUUUUGGGACGUUGGUUGCUGCAUGGGGUUUAUUUCAAGCUACCUGCAAGCAGCUUCAUGCUGCUACAGGCACUCAAGUCCAAAGCAAGGCCUAGAGAAAACGAUUACUCGUUGUCCCUUUGGGAGACUCCAUAACAGUCCGUGGAGUGUCGCAGCUUUAUCAGUAAAAAGGCCUAUUAGAUCUCAAGUUAUCCACUUCCAACGUGUAAACACAAACGCUUAAGUUAUCUGUUGUCGCAGUUCUCCUCAACACAUGGAUCUUCACUCUGUAAAUAAAGUGAGUAAAAGAGGCAGUGCUUGUCUCUGUGUGGUCCGUCAGAAUUGUCAUGGAAGAUCCUGUUUUAAAUCCUCGUUUGGUUCUGGUUACAGGCCAUGGUGGUGAACAUCAAUCAUGUUUUGUUCCAUGAAUGCAUUCUGCAUAAAAUGUCAACUGCUGUAUGUAUCUAUUGUGGCUAAGUCCUUCUUUCCAUUUCUAGGAAUCGUUGAUAAUGGGAAUUGUCUUCCCAGGAGACGGCGCCGGUGUCUGAGAACAAGUGCUUUAAUUAACUCAGUGAACUGAACCGUUUCGUCCUCAAGGGGGCGCUAUUCCUGGCCUUGCUAUGUCCUCACUUUCUUCAUUUGAUUAGUCUGUUAGAAAAUAACCAAAUCUCACCAACACAUCAAAUGUAAACGAGACUAUAAAAAUUUGGUGAACAAAAAAGUAUUUGAAAAUGGAACCUACAAAAACAAAUCUCAAAACUAUUCCAAUGACAAUUCUCAUUCAUAUCAUUCUCAUAUCCAUCAAAGCCACAUCCUAAAGGGUCGGGAUUAGCUCCACAUCUAACCUUGGUUGAGCUUUUGGCCGUGUGUGUGACAAUCUAGAUUUUUCUGUUGGCUUCCUCUGGGAAAAAAAAACGUGUAAUAACCGUCCUUUGGAAAGGUAAAAAAAAGGGUUUGAAAUAUACUUAACACUUGAGCACAAAAUAAUGUGGAUCGCCGUGGAGAUGUGGGGCCCAACACGCUUCACAAGGGGACAGUUCUAGUGCCUUCUACAUUUGAAUACGCUUAUAUUCCAGCGUUUAUAGCCAAGGCCCGAAAGGAACAGUGACGUUUCCGUGAGUCCUAAUGUUUAUUUUUGCUUUGUUGAUGUUUGGAUGCUAUAUUUAGUUUGAUUUGCCCGUUGGAGACAGUCUGUUCAAUAUUCCGGAGGAUAUUUUUCCGUUGGUUCCUGGUGGGUUUUCCUUCAACAGUUAAAACACGUUCCAGGAAAUAUAA